AUGCCCACAAUGCUUCCUGAAGGGGUUACCAUAAAUGCUGUGAUCGAAGAAGGGCAUCGUUCAAUUCUCACCAAUGAAGCUCUCAAGUUCCUCGCCACUCUACAUCGAUACUUUGAACCAACCCGUCGGACUUUGCUCCAACGUCGUCAACUUGAACAAGCUAGGCUCGAUGCAGGUGGACUUCCCGAUUUCCAUUCGGAAACCAAGUGGAUUCGUGAUGAUUCGUCUUGGCAAGCAGCUAGUCCUGCGCCGGGUUUGACAGACCGCCGAGUAGAGAUCACGGGUCCAGUUGACCGCAAGAUGGUGAUCAAUGCACUUAACUCGGGAUCUGCCACCUACAUGGCCGAUUUUGAAGACUCCCACGCCCCGACGUGGUUGAAUAACCUUGAUGGACAAGUCAAUAUGUACGAUGCCGUCCGUCGCCAAAUCUCCUUCAAGGGGCCGAAUGGAAAAUCAUAUCAAUUGAACCCCAAGAUUGCCACUCUCAUUGUGCGCGCGCGCGGUUGGCAUCUAGACGAGAAUCACGUCUUGAUUGAUGGUCAACCAAUCAGUGGAGGGAUUUUUGAUUUUGGUCUUUACUUUUUUCACAAUGCUCACGAGUGUGUCAAGCGCGGCUUUGGUCCAUACUUUUAUCUUCCUAAAAUGGAGCAUUACCUCGAGGCUAGAUUAUGGAACGAUAUUUUCAAGUUAUCUCAGGAUUACAUUGGAAUCCCACGCGGGACGAUCCGUGCCACAUGCUUGAUCGAAACCAUUCCUGCUGCUUUCCAGAUGGAUGAAUUCAUCUUUGAGCUCAAGGAACACUCUUCUGGUCUCAACUGUGGGAGAUGGGACUACAUAUUCUCCUUCAUCAAAAAGAUGCGAGAGCAUCCACAAUUUGUAUUACCUGACCGCUCGGAUGUGACUAUGACUGUUCCAUUCAUGGAUGCUUAUGUUCGCUUGUUGAUCAAGACCUGUCAUCGACGAGGUGUGGCGGCGAUGGGUGGGAUGAGUGCCCAGAUUCCCAUCAAGGAUGACCCGAAGGCCAACGAACUGGCCAUGAACAAAGUCAAAGCCGAUAAGCUGAGAGAAGUCAAGGCGGGACAUGAUGGAACUUGGGUAGCUCAUCCCGCCUUGGUUAAAGUCGCCCUUGACAUUUUCAAUGAGUAUAUGACUGGGCCUAAUCAAUAUCAUGUCCGCCGCGAGGAAGUGAAAGUCACUGCACUUGAUCUUCUCAACACCAACGUUCCUGGAAAAGUCACGGAACAUGGUAUUCGGGAGAACGUUUCGGCUGCGCUACAAUAUUGUGCCAAUUGGGUUUCUGGAGUUGGAUGCGUUCCGAUUGCAAACUUGAUGGAGGAUGCUGCCACCGCGGAAAUUGCUCGGCUUCAGAUUUGGCAAUGGGCUCGUCAUGGUGCCCUAACUGAUGCUGGUAAAAAAGUUACAGCAGAGUGGCUCGAGGGAAUCAUUGCAGAGGAAUCUAUAAAGGCUAAGCAAACCACUGCUAAGGGACUCAAUCCUGCCAAGGUCGAUCUUGCGAAGCGAUAUUUGACCGCGCAAGUAAAGGCCCAUCUUCCUGAUGACUUCUUGACUUCGGCUCUUAUGACUAGUUUGGAUGAUAUGGCUGCUCCUAAUCGCCCCAAACUUUGA